AUGUCAAAAAAAUCUACACCAUACCCAACCACAAGAGGUGCAAGAACGAGAAGUGUUAUUACAGCUGGUUCAUCCACAAGAGGUGCUAGGGGUGCUACACCUGCAGGAUUAACUGGCAAUCUCAAUGAGCUUGAUGUAAGCACCUCGUCACUCCCUUUCAAAAUCUGGGUGAAAUAUGGCAAUGCACAACCAUCCAGGGUUGUAUUUGAUGGAGGAGAUGUGGAUGAUUUGAAGGAGGCAGUCAAGAAGAGACUAUCACCCAGGUUAAAUGAAACUGCCCUCCACUGGAUUAUCCUCCACAAACAUGGUGAUGAGACUGAUCUAGAACCAGGUGCUAAAGUGGAUUCAAGUUUCCAAAAUACUGCCAAAAACCCACUUCAAGUUAUAGUUAUAGUGCCAGAAGAGGAACACAAAAAGCAAGGCAAAAGAAAAGCAUCAGAAGAGGAAACCAUCCCCUCCAAACAUAUGCACAUAGGAGCAGAUAAUGUAACUCAUACAGGCAUAGGAAGAUUUUGGAAGGCACUGCAGUUAAUGGAGAUUGAUGAUAAGGAUAUGUUCCUUUCUCUACCCACAGGCAUCUUUUUUUGUGGUGAAAAUGAUCAAGGAUCCUCUCUACUUAUUCGCAGAUGCUACUGCCAUCUCGCACAUAUUAUAUUUACUGACAAUGUGAAUCACAGAUGGCGCAUCACAGGUAACCCUGGAAUUGGCAAAACAUUCUUUGGAUAUUACCUGAUUUUCCUGCUUGUACAUAGAGGGAAAACAGUCAUAUAUCAUUAUUCUUGCAGACCUCCUCUGUGCUUCAGUAACAAUGGUGUAUUCCAAGCCAUUAGUGAUAACAUCCACCAGUUCUACAAGGAACUAAGAAAUCCUGAUGCUUGGUACAUUGUGGAUGGUAUCCCUCCAUCCAAAUAUCCUGCAAGGACAGUUCUUGUAUGCUCACCCAAGAAGUCAAUUCAUUAUGAGUUUGACAACUUUCCUGUAACAACAAUCUGUUACAUGCCAGUGUGGAAUGAUGAUGAGGUCAGUUCAUGUAGGGCAAAGAUUUUUCCUUAUCAUGACCCAACACUGGUUGAGGAAUUGUUCAGAAAGUGGGGUGGAAUCCCCCGAUUUGUUCUUGAAAAAGCCAAUAACUACUCUCAGCAAAAAAGCCUUGAUGAUGAAAUUAGUAAAUGUGAUACAAGUUUGUCUAACUAUAUUGGUGACACUAAUAAUUAUGAUGGGGUAGUCCACAUCCAUACAAACUCUCCAGAUGAGGAAAACCUUGAUGUUUCAAAACACUACCAGAAAAAAGUCCUACAGUUUGCAUCUCAAUAUGUGGCUGAAAAGGUGAUGGCCAAAAUUGAAAGCCAGUUCAAGGAAGAUUUAUGCAAAUUGCUGAUGGCUGGCAUGCCACGACUUGGUACAAUUCAUGGUGCCCUAUUUGAGGAAGUUGCACAUCAGAUUCUGAUACGUGGAGGAAGGUUCAAGUAUCGCCAUUAA